GAGCCUGGCCAGCAAAAGGCCAAGGCCAAGGCAAAGGCCGCUGAUGGCGCCGACCGGCGCCGGGAUGAGGCUGCGGCUUCUCGGGAGGGUGCCCGGCCGGCUGACGAGGCGGAGGUUGGGGAAGAGCACGCUCCGAAGGCUGAGACUGGCCGGGCGGCAGUGGGGGCGGAUGGCAAGCCGGAAGUGGAGCCGGCUUCGAAGAAGGUUUCUGGCAAAGCGCAAGGCUCGAACUUCGCAGGGAGAUCGCCGCCGGGCAACCAUCCCUGGUCCACCCGCUUCCGUUGCUGCAAAAACACCUGGGUCGAGAAGAUUCACCCUUUGGUCAAGCCCGGUCAUUAUGUGA